AUGUGUUUUUUGCACCUAUCCCGGAAGCAAGCGAAUUCGAAACACCUUCACGAUAUGCAUCGGCAGUGUCUCGCUAGAGCGAUUAUUUCUAAUAGAUUGGAUUAUUGUAUUGCGGAGCAUUACCUACGGGAUAUGCUACCUUCAAUCGAUGUCCCUGCAUCGACGAUCCCGAGCGAGUUUGUAAAUGAAUAUCCUCUUCACCACCCCGAUCUUAGUUCAGGCAAUAUUUUCGUCGAUGAAGGUUUCAAUAUCAGCUGCAUCAUAGAUGGGGCAUUUUGCUCUACUGUUCCAAUGCCCAUACUAUUAACAACCCCAAAACUAGAACUGUACGCAUUUAUCUACAAAUCAAAAGACAUUAUCGAUAUACCCAGACUAUUUAGAAGCGCACGAGAUGAAGAUAAGUUUCGAGAUUUGGCUGCAGAACUUAAGAUGGAAGAUCGUUCGGUUGGUGAACUCGCAAAAUAUGAAAAUGACUAUUUUCGCGUCAUGAAAUCGAGUGGGAAGGAAGCUACCGCGAGGAAGCUUACUCUAGUGUCCGAACUUAAUCAAGGCUUCGUGGCGGAUAAAAGAUUAUGGCGUUGGCUUGAUAAAGCCUUGAAUGAUAAUUGA